AGACGUGGUGAUGACUGUCAAAAAUAUCAUAAAGUCAAGAGCAGCGAUAAUUGUUUAACGGUAGCCAAAGCGCAUAGCAUUUCUUUGGAUCAAUUCUAUGACAUGAAUCCCUCUGUUAACCGAGACUCUUGUGAUAAUUUGCUAACAGGUGGAACUUACUGUGUAAAGGAGUCCAUGGUUUCCAAACAUGUUGCUGAUAAAGUAUCUAAGAAAAAGACGUCUGCCACCAGUACCUCUACCGACAAACGUAAAUUACUUCAAAAAGGUUCUGCCUUGACUUAUUACUGGAUUGCUCAUCCUGAAGACUAUGACCACAGUGGCAAGUCCAUUACUGUCAAGACAUGUGAUGGCAAAAGUCUGGGUACUGUUUCUCAAGAAUAUGCUGAUGCCUUGGUCAUGGAAGGCACCGGUAUCGUUGGUGAUAAAGUCAUUAAUUUAGGUGGUUGUACCUGCAAAAAUUAUGAAUGCUUUAUGGAAGUCGAUAAAAAAGAAGACCCUUUUGGCUUAACAGCCUAUGGUAGCCCUCUUCGUCCUUUUAUCACCAUUGCGGCUAACGAUAUUAAACGCAACACAAAGAUUUUUGUUCCUGAAAUUGAAGGGUGGGACAUUCCCGGUACUUCUAAAAAGCACAAUGGCUGUUUGCUUGUAGAUGACCAAAGUUGGAGUUUUGAUAAUAAUCAUAUUGACUUGUAUGUCUACCGCGAAAAACAUUACCGUACUUUAAACAGUGAACACAAAGUCAACAAGGUCGAUAUUUAUGAAGGCGGUGAUUGUCACCUUUUAAACUAU